GUCGCACAUUAGCACCUCCUUGGCAGUGAGCAGUCUGGCUGCCACUUGAGAAGUAGAAAGGCUGGUCCUGAAGAAAUGAGGCACGCAGCAGACUGACUGCAAAGUCACAUCCACAGGCAUUGGCAGUCAGCGCACAGUAGGAACAGCUGGUUUCUGCUACAUGCUGCCUGGAACCUCAGCUGGAAGACUUGAGCACCUGGGGAUGAAAGACCAGAAAGCUGACUCCAUUGCAUACCUGAGACAGGAGCUGUUUUUGUGCUGCUUGGUCCCUUCCUACCAGCAAUGCAACAAAGCAUUGAACAAACAACUGAGAUCCUGUUGUGUCUGUCACCUCGUGAAGUUGCCAAUCUCAAGGAAGGAAUCAACUUUUUCCGAAAUAACAGUACUGGCAAAGAUUUCAUCUUAUACAAGAAUAAAAAGUACCUGAGGGCAUGCAAGAAUAUGUGCAAACAUCAAGGAGGCCUGUUCAUAAAGGAUAUCGAGGAUCUGGAUGGGAGGUGUGUUAAAUGCACAAAGCACAACUGGAAGUUAGACGUGAGCACCAUGAAGUACAUCAAUCCUCCAAGCAGCUUCUGUCAGGAUGAAUUGGUUGUUGAAAUGGAUGAAGAAAGUGGACUUUCACUUCUAGAACUGAAUCCUCCUAACCCCUGGGAUUCAGAGCCCAGAUCUCCUGAAGAUUUGGCUUUUGGGGAAGUGCAGGUGACCUACCUCACUCAUGCCUGCAUGGACCUCAAGCUGGGAGACAAGAGGAUGGUGUUUGACCCUUGGUUAAUCGGUCCUGCUUUUGCCCGAGGAUGGUGGUUGUUACAUGAGCCUCCGUCUGAUUGGCUGGAGAGGUUGUGCCAAGCAGACCUAAUUUACAUCAGCCACAUGCACUCAGACCACCUGAGUUACCCCACGUUAAAGAAGCUUGCUGGAAGAAGACCAGAUAUUCCCAUUUAUGUUGGAAACACGGAAAGACCUGUGUUUUGGAAUCUCAACCAGAGUGGUGUCCAGUUGACUAAUAUCAACGUAGUGCCGUUUGGAGUAUGGCAGCAGAUAGACAAAAAUCUUCGAUUCAUGAUCUUGAUGGAUGGCGUUCAUCCUGAGAUGGACACUUGCAUUAUUGUGGAAUACAAAGGUCAUAAAAUACUCAACACAGUGGACUGCACCAGACCCAAUGGGGGACGGCUGCCUGUGAAGGUUGCUCUAAUGAUGAGUGAUUUUGCUGGAGGAGCGUCAGGCUUUCCAAUGACUUUCAGUGGUGGAAAGUUCACUGAGGAAUGGAAAGUCCAAUUCAUUAAAACAGAAAGAAGGAAGCUCCUGAAUUACAAGGCCCGACUUGUGAAGGACCUACAGCCUCGAAUUUAUUGCCCUUUCGCUGGCUAUUUCGUGGAAUCUCACCCCUCAGACAAGUAUAUUAAAGAAACAAACAUCAAAAAUGACCCAAAUGAACUCAACAAUCUUAUCAAGAAAAACUCUGAUGUGGCAACAUGGACCCCACGACCUGGAGCCAUUCUUGAUCUGGGUAGGAUGUUAAAGGACCCGACAGACAGUAAGGGUAUCAUAGAGCCUCCAGAGGGGACAAAAAUUUGCAAGGAUUCCUGGGACUUUGGACCAUAUUUGAAAAUCUUGAAUGCUGCUGUAGGAGAUGAAAUAUUUCUUCACUCAUCUUGGAUAAAAAAAUACUUCACUUGGGCUGGAUUUAAGGAUUAUAACCUGGUGGUCAGGAUAAUUGAGACAGAUGAGGACUUCCACCCUUUUCCUGGAGGAUAUGACUAUUUGGUUGACUUUCUAGAUUUAUCCUUUCCAAAAGAAAGGCCAAGCCGGGAGCAUCCCUAUGAGGAAAUUCGGAGCCGGGUUGACGUCAUCAGGCACGUGGUGAAGAAUGGUCUCCUCUGGGAUGACUUGUAUAUAGGAUUCCAAACCCGGCUUCAGCGGGAUCCUGACGUAUACCAUCAUCUGUUUUGGAACCAUUUUCAAAUAAAGCUCCCCCUAACGCCCCCCAACUGGAAGUCCUUCCUGACGCACUGUGCGUAGAGUGGACCUGGGAUUUCUCAGGGAUGCCCAGCAACAUGAAACAUUUAAGAGUUUACUGAUGCUACAUCCUGAGCAUGAGAAGCUUAUACCAAAGAGACUAUGCCUUAUUCACGUCAGCAAUGGAUAAUUACAUGCUGCAUUUGUGAUUUGUUUACAUAUCUUGUUUGUGGAUUACUACAUAGCCAGAUUAUUAGUAUUUAACUUAUUCCAUCUGCAAUUCUCUCUGAAAGAACCAAUGAACCCAAUAGGAACAAAUUCUCUAUGGCGAACAAAGCUUACCAGGAGGAGAUGUGAAUCUAAGCACAGAAGAAGCAGAACAGGAGAAAAAAAAUCCUAGAAGACAUGAGGACAAAGGAAAGGGGGAGGGGAGUGGGGUUAGGAGUUUGGUUAGAAAAUGAAAAUGAUAAAGAGAAGGAGACAAAUGAGAGAGCAUAAGAAGAAAAUAGGAAGGAGAAAAAAUAAGAUAGAAUUUAAAAAGGCAAAUGUAAAAACAGACAUUUUGUUCAGUGAUUGGUUCCCCAAAUAGGGUCCAUGAAAAUGGUCAAGUAAGAGUUCAUAAACUGUAUUCAGUUUUUCAAAAUGUUUUGUGUAAAUCAUAUAUUUACCAAAACAGUGCUACAGAAGUUUCCAUAAAAGGUGAAAUCUCACUAGGGUUGACACUAUCUUGAUUCAGUGACAAAAUGUGUUAUUUAAUGCAGUUUAUAAAUUCUAACCAAUAGAGAGAUAUUUGAUUAAUAAAAAAUAUGAACACUAUUAGUAAGUUUUGUAGACAAAAAUCAGUCUAUAAAAUCAAGAAUAAAGAUUUGUAUCUUGAAAAAGAUUAGGAAAAUCUCUUCCGAACAUUUAAAAACAUUGUUUCAAUAGUUAAAACAGGCAACUUAUUUAUCUUUUUCUAUUAAUGUCUGUAGUGAAUGAUGAUACUCACAUGAUUACAACAUGCCCAAAUUUAUUCCUAGGAAAAUGUGAUUAAUAGAAUUUCUAUUUUACAUGUUAAUGUUUCCAGACCACAGAUCCACACCCACACUCCUACCCCUCACUGAUUUGAACAUCUUGAUUUUGCUCAUUUUAUAUAUAUAUUCUUUAAUUCUGAAGAUACAAGAAUCUAAUGUUAGAUUUUUCUCCUUAAACAUCUAAAUUUACACUUAGUAAUAGAAAAGUUGAUUAUCUACUUCUCAUUAAGAUUAACACCAAUGAUGUUAGAUUAUUCUGGUUCACCUCAUACAAUAUGCAUAAUGGAGUGCUUGGAAUGAAGGAAUUAUAUUUUGUGAUUUACAUUAUGUAGUAGAUUAUUGAAUUAUCACUGAAAAACAAAUGUGAUUUAUAUCAAUAGAUGUAUGUUAAAGUAUACAUGAUGAAAAAAUAAAAGAUUAUUUUAAAAUAUGAGUUUUUUUCUCACCACUGA